AUGGCCAUGUCCCAUAAGCGCAACAACUCCAUCGGCAAGCGGGCGCCAGUGGGCUCCCCCAGUGAGCUUCCCGGCCCUCAACGGAUAAAGAUCUUGGUUGGCGAGGAACAGCACGACUUUUCCGUCGACCGUCGGUUGCUCUCUGCCACGGGCUACUUCUUCAAAGACCUCAUCGACAACUACUCGAGGAUAGAGUUCGAGGAUGGCGAGGGUUUCCUCGUCAUUGCCCUUCCUGACGCAUGUCCUCUCAUGUUUGAACUCUUUGUCGACUGGCUUCUAGACGAGAACCUCCUGACCGAGAUUCUCAACGACGUGGAUGCGUCUAACGAGGACGAGUGUCGCGAUCUCCUGCAGGACCUCGUUGAGCUGCACCUUUUCGCCGCCCACAUCGACGUUCCUCUCCUCCAAGACUUGGCCAUGGAUGCCAUUCAGGACCUCCAUCUCCGCUGCAACUGGGACGUUAGUCCCUCGCUCAUUGCCUACGUCUACACAGAGUGCGACCCUAGUGAGAGCUGCCGGCUUCGCAAGUGGAUCGUGGCCAUGGUCGCGUGGAACGUGGGUGGCACGGACAAGACCAUGGACAUGGAAGCGCUCAAGGCCCUGUUCAUGAUGUGCCCAGACUUCUUGGAGGAAUACAACAUCCAUCUUCGAAAGACCUCCCGGAACAGGCUCAAGGUGCAGCUCAAGAACCCUCAGCUGAGACUCCCGUCCAACAACCUCCGGAACGAAGAGCGUCAAUUUGGCUUCAGGCAAUGCUCCUUCCACACCCAUCGAUCCACUGUGGAGCAGAGCACCUGCCCUCAUUUGUACACCAAAGCUCCAUCUCACUGGUACUCUGUUUGGGACUCGUCGGAUGACAGCAUGUCUGACUCCUCCUCCGGCUCUCCACGGGAACUCGAGGGCGGCAACCGGGUUGGUGAGCUUUGGGAACAACGCAGCCUCACAACUACGUUCUCAGGCCAUCAAGAUAUCUCCGAUGGCCUGCAAAGUCCCACGAAACGCCAUAAAAUUGCGCCGUCGAUGCGGCAAGUUGGAGCAACGCAUUAUGCAAGCACAGCAUCGCAGCAGUCGACAGGCAACCCCAGCCCCAAGCACGAACCCGACAACGGAACCAGACAUCUCCUCGAGAUCAACAUCCAGACAACAUUGGGCACGCACUUCUGCCUCGAAGCCCUUUCUGAAACUCCAGUCAUUCUAUCAGCCACCAUGUUGGAACCAAUCUCUCCCCAGCCGAAACCCAGUCAGCCAAUUCAGUCAUUGGACACUCGCGCUCCUCACCAACAGCCACAGGACAUCUCUGAUGCACAGCCGUCGCGCGUAUCCUCCACGCAGACAGAUGAGAUCAACCUUGCACACCUUAUAGAUCGAAUCACUCCAGAGGAGCUCGAACGCUUCAAGACCUAUGGUCUCGAGUACCUGGACCUCCGCGCCACCAUCAGUCAACUUUCCCGACGCAGAGCACAACUCAAGGCCGACCUUGCUGAAGUGCGCCGCCUCCGCAUGAGCUACGCCCAUGACUGCAUAGAACGUGGUACCGGCCGUCUUUGCAUGCGCUGCAUGCUGCGUAACCUGCGCGUCUCCAUUGAGAUGUACUACAUCGGGUUUCGCGCAGGUCAGCGAAUAGGGCACCAUGUCUUUGACUACGAAGAGCGCAGGGCACUAUUCUGGCGCCGCCUGGACGACGAAACCAACGUGCUCUUUGACUACCUUCGCCAGUGUCUCCCAAUGGUCUUGUGGGCCGACGCUGCCGCCAGCAUGAUCCACGGCGGCAGGCCACCUGCCUGGUCUCCCUGCCAGGUAUCGGAGACGGAGCCUCUGCCACCUUACGAGGAGUACAGGCUUCCUGCAUACAACAGAAACUAA